AUGGGCGACGGCUCUGACUAUCCUAGUCCGCGAAGUGAAGCUCCGCACGGGGCAACUGCUGCCUCAGUUCUUGCAUCCGCCACAGAAUCUCUUUCCUCAAUUGUCAGAAUGAAUGAACAAGCUUCCCUCGGAUACAUGGAGGGCACGCGCCCGCGCCUCUCUGUCCGACGCGCCCGCGAUCCCCCCAAGAACACCGAGGGCCAAAUCUACUGCGACCACCCAGACUGCCAGACUGCACCGCCGACUUUUCGUCGUCCUUGCGAAUGGAACAAACACAUGGAUAAACACGAUCGCCCCUACAAGUGCUACGAACCCGGCUGCGACAAGAUUCAGGGCUUCACUUACUCGGGUGGCCUCUUGCGCCACCAGCGCGAAGUGCACAAGAAGAACAACGACGCCAAGAAGCCUUUGAUGUGUCCCUAUGCCGACUGUAAUCGCAGCACCGGCAACGGGUUCACGCGCCAGGAAAACCUUCGAGAACACUUGCGUCGUCGCCACAUGCAUACUGACGACGGUAACUCAACCACCUCCAUUCUGGUUGACAUGCCAUGGGAGCGCGCCAGCGAGCUGGAGGGCGUUCGCGCCAACUCACUCCCUGCCACCGGCAUGAAGCGCAAGCACGACUCGCCCAACGGCGACCUCGCUGACACUGAUGAGCACGGUGACGAUCUCCACAACGAAGUCAAGCGACUGCGCCGCGAGGUCCAAGAGAAGGAUCGCCGCCUGGAGCAGCUGGAGCGCAUUGUCGCUGAUCUCCAGCAGGCCAUGCCUCAGCCGCCUGUGCCCGAACACGACCCUCAGCUUACGCAGACGAUGCCGCCACCUGCCCCUCAAGCUGUUGCACCGCAGAUUUAA